AACUGCAUGCUUAACCUAUUUCAUUAAGGUCAUUCGAAGCAAUCACUUCUUCCCAAAGCCUGAUCCCUUAGAGGGUGACGAAGAUGACGUUGUGGAUGAGCUGCGACGUAAUGGUGUCCGAGUAGUCCACGGAAUCCCAUCUACUUCCCUCUUCCCUCCCAACGUGUCCCUCUGCGAAGGCUUUGGUUUUGCCUGUACAAAUGAGCCGAGUUUGGUGAUCAGCACUGCGUUACGAUGUGACGGAAAAAGCGACUGUCCAGAUGGAUCAGAUGAACUAAAUUGUAAACGAUGCCAGUCGGCGUUCUCCUGUUCAAUCUCGCCGAAAACCAAAGUGAAGGUUUGUCUACGAGCCGAACAACUCUGCGAUGGUAUUACACAUUGUCCUGAUGGUUACGAUGAGGAAAAAUACUGUAGUAGAAAUCAUCUUCUCAUUUGUACACUUUCUGCCAAACUUAUUGCAAAUGGAAUAAUUAAAUAUGCUUUUAAUUACAAAACGUUAUUGUUCUGCACGGGCAACAUUUUAGAAGCAACUUGUGAUGACGAGGAAAUGAGCUGCCCAUCGACAUCGCUCUGCCUUCCCCCAUCGUCCAUAUGUGAUGGUAUUGUCGACUGCGAUACAGAAGACGAUGAAGUCAAUUGUGAAGAAUGCAAUCGCGGAGCUCAGUUCUGUGAAGUGACGAAACGUUGCAUACCAGCAGGGCAACUAUGCGAUGGCAUUCCACAGUGCCCGGAUAGAUCGGAUGAGCAGAACUGUGACUGUCGUUUAUGCUCUGGUUCGGACAAGGCGCUGUGUGCCAAUGGGCAAUGUUUGGAAAGAUCUAGAGUUUGCGAUGGAAUUAUGGACUGCGAAGAUGGCAUGGAUGAAAAGAACUGCCCAGGAUCUUGCCUUCUGGAGGAGGGUGAAACGAUUCUUACUGUGAGAUGUGCUGAUGGACGGACGUAUCCAGAAGCAGAGGCGUGCUCUGGAGCAAUAGAGCAUUGUGCUUAUAACUGUAUUAAAUGUGAUCCUCGUCUAGCUUAUACAUGCAAGGACAAAAAGUGUGUUCCACAAAUGCUGGUGUGCGAUGGUAUCGAGGACUGCUCUGAGGGCGAGGACGAGCGAAGUUGUAGCUGUGCAGUGAGUCUCACUUCAGCCGUAUUUAUAGCGAAAAUGAAAUGUGGCUUGGAUAAAUUCGAGUGCCGAUCUGCAUCUGGGAAGACGAAAUGCAUUCCAAAAAACAAGGUGUGUGAUGGAGUAUGGGACUGUAUGGACGGAAAGGACGAGACGAACUGCAAAUCGUGUCCUCAAGAUAGCAUACGUUGUGAUGAGGGCAAAUGUAUACCGAAGAUGUCUCGCUGCGAUGGUGUAGCGGACUGCAAGGACGGCUCUGACGAGAUCGGCUGCACUUGCAAAGAAUGCAUAGGAAAUCACUGGAACACGUAUAUGUGCGGAGCAACAUCGCACUGCUUCAGAAGAGAUGAAGUCUGCGCCCCGUAUACCAUCUGCCCGAACGCAACGAAAGCAGACAAAGUCUUUUGCGCAGGAAGAGCGCUUCGAGGUGUGGAUUGGCUCAGGUAGAC